GCCUCUACCGCCACAGCUGCCACGACCGUGCAGCAUCUCCUCUACCUCCAGCCAGCACUCAGACAGAGACUCAGAGAGAAAGCGGGAGCCCCCUGAAGACGGGUUCAGUGGAGUGAGAGGAGGGAAAGGCUGGACCAGGGCUACGGAUCCACCGACUGAAGCACCGAGCAGCUUGUUGUGUUUCUGGUCCUCUGCUGCUACUGCCUGAGCUCCAUGCAAGAGGAGAAGGAAAGGAACGAGGGAAAGAAGAAAACUGCUGCUGAGAACCUGAAAGAGCUGGAAGAAGGAAACAAAGCCCACGCAGCAACACAGUUCUGAAGUGGCUAAGAGAGACAGACUGACUGGCUGAAGUGGCUAAGAGAGACAGAUUGACUCUGAAGUGACUCAGAGAGACAGAUUGACUCUGAAGUGGCUCAGAGAGACUGACUGACUCUGAAGUGACUCAGAGAGACAGACUGACUCUGAAGUGACUCAGAGAGACAGACUGACUCUGAAGUGACUCAGAGAGACAGACUGACUGACUCUGAAGUGACUCAGAGAGACAGACUGACUGACUCUGAAGUGACUCAGAGAGACAGACUGACUGACUCUCUCAACCCCUGACUGAAGGACUGACCGCAGGGUUUUGAUCAGAGCAUUGGCGGACACCGACAGCACGUAGCAGGUCUGUCCACAGGAGUUCUGUUCGGGGUCUAUUAGAUCCGAGACGUUAGAAUCCUCUUGACAUCUGACUUGUCAGCGCAGGGAACGGCACUGUUUAAAAAAAAACUACUUGACUACAGGUUCUCUAGAUCUCACACUCUGUACGACUUCUUCGUUUGUCUUCUCGUGACUCUUGACUGUUUGUCUGUUGCGCUCAGUGGAAGCUCCGUGCCUCAUGGCUUGCUACUACAUAGUCAUCAGUUCUACUCACCUCAGCAACGGCCACUUUAGGAACAUCAAGGGAGUUUUCCGCGGACCCCUCAGCAAGAAUGGCAACAAGAACUUGGACUACGCGGAGAAGGAGAGGACGACGACCAUGGCCAAAGCCUUGGAGGACCUGAAGGCCAACUUCUACUGUGAUCUGUGUGACAAGCAGUACUACAAGCAUCAGGAGUUUGACAACCACAUUAACUCUUAUGACCAUGCUCACAAACAGUUUAUAAUUUGGCCUUCUAAAACCAGGAAGGAUGAGAGGAAACAGGAGAGGGCACUCCAGAGGUUACAUGAGCUGGCCGAACAACGCAGAGAGGUCCAAUGCGCUCCAGGCAGUGGCCCCAAGUUCAAGUCUACUACUGUAGCUGUGGACGCCAGCUGCAGAGAGACUGAUGGACUGUCAGAAGAGAGCCACAACUCCACCGUGCUGGAGACCGGCACCCACAACCACACCACAGGCACCAGCACUGGCCUGGCCUCCAACAGCAAGACCCAGCAGACAUCGUACUGGCCGUACAACGGCAAGGCCAAGAAACAAACCUACAAAAGGCACAAGAUCGCCUUCUCGUUCUCAUUCCCAAAGAAAGCAUCGGUGAAGCUGGAUUCUGCAGCGGCCGUGUUCUGUGAGAACACUGAGGAGGGUUCUAAAGAACGUACCGGAACACGGAAGCUCAGAAUUCCCCUCGUUGAGCUGAACGUCCCUGUGUCAACCACUGCAGAGGAGAAAGGACGGGGUUUUGCGGGUGUGGAGAUUAACGGCACUAAGCCUGGCGAUCUUAGCCCUAACGGUGUUAGUGAGGGGAGCCAGAAGUCAUCAGAUACACUGUCCAGGUCUGACAUCCCCAUGCCUCCACAGGCAUCACAUCUGUAUUCUGUGCUGGUUAACUCGGAGGACAUCGCCAGACAUUAUGUGUCCUCUGUCUCCCAAUCACCUGCAUCCCUUUGUCACAUUCCCCUAGAUGACCCAGACACAGUAUUAGAUACACAGAACUCUGAGGAAACUCAGAAAAACGGCUCAACAGAGGCUGAACCGGAAACAUGUAAACAGCAACAAGUUCAUAAAGUAGAAAGGAGUGUCUCGGGGGAAGAACACUUCUCCAUUAGCAGUUCUGAUGGUCCCCCUGAGAACGUCUCCUCCUCCUCCUCUCAGUCCUCUGAGCGUCCUGGGACUGCGAGAGAGAAAGGAGAAGACAUUAAGGUGGUGGUGAAGACCCUGUCGUGUCCUUUCACCAAGCCCAGUCAGCCGUUCUUCUCUGUGCUCAGCAAAGAUGGAUACACUGUUCUCCAAUGGCCUUCAGAGAUGCUGACCUUCACCAGGACAGAGCCCUGUCUCUCCUACAGCUGCAAUCCACUCCAUUUUGACUUUAGGGCCUCGCAGCAGUCGCAGAGCAGGGCGAAGGUUCGUACUGGUGACAGUCAGAGUAAGACGGAGCCGAGGUUAUCUGAGGCGUUGUGUAUCGGCUCAACCUCUGUCUGUUCUGAGGAACUAAUAAACAACAAGCACAACAAAGAGGCCUACUCAAGGCCAGACCAUCAUAUCCCUAUCAGAGAUGACAGGGAGACAGUGGAGAGGAAGGAUUGUCUCAUAUGUGAUCACCACAUGAGUGACAUAGACACAGAAAUCGGCAGCUUGCAACUGAAGAGACACAGCAGAGUCUACAGCAGUGGUGAAUCUAGUAGUCAGUCAAAAGAUCAGACUGGCAAGAGAGCAGCAGGCAUCAAGAAAUGGAAAUCCAGAGACCGGCGCCAUUACAGGAGCCACAAGAAGAAGAAGAGAAGGAGACGGAGAAGGAGGAGAGGAGGAUAUGAGGAAGAGAGGCACAGAGAGACUGAGACGGAUGGAGGUGUGGAGAGCGAUGCAGAGAAACGCAACAAAUUCCAGAGACCGUCGGAGUGUCGGGAAGGACUUGAUAGCCAAUUUAGAGGCCCCACUUCACAGCCAUUAGAGAAGUCAAAGCAAUCAGCUCAAAAUCAGGCUGACAGCGGCCACGCUGCUCCCUCUGCCACAGAGGACAGGGAGAGAGAGAGGGUGAAAAUAGUGAGGGAGGAGAGACGUGGGGAGGAGAGAGAGGGGGAAGAGAGAGAAGGGGAGGAGAGAGAGGAGAGGGAGAAAGAGAGGAGCAGACAGGAAACAGCAGGCAGUCUAAGCGGAUCAGCGGGCAGCCUCAGUCUCUGUGAUGAGGGCGUCACGGAUUCUGAAAAGGUGUUCGGGAACGACGGCAGGAGAGACCCAGUCGAUCCAUCAACAGAACAGAGAAACGCUGCGGGACACGACUCACAGAGCUCACAGAGCCCACAGAGCCCACUGAGCUCACAGAGCUCACAGAGCCCACAGAGCCCACAGAGCCCACAGAGCUCACAGAGCCCACAGAGCUCACAGAGCCACGACAAACCCUGCACAGAGAACCCCGCUGGGGCUGUUAGACAAAAACGAACCAUGGUGAUGACACAUCUGUCACCACAAAGCCCAGGGACCAUUACCCAAAAACCAAGCAUGACUAAAUCCCUUUCAACAGAGAGCUGUGGUAAAGACUGUUGUUGUAUCGGUCGAUCGUUGAGAAGGAAGCGGACAGCAUCAUCUUUGCUUGAUGCUGAUGAGCAACGCUUUGACCACCAGGUCCCAUGCACCAAGUGUCAGUCACCUGUAAUGGUAGAGCCCAAUGGGCCAGAUGGUUCAGUGGUUGAGGGGGGGUCCUCUUGGUCUGUCUGUGUUUCCUGUGGUGGGGCGGGGAGACGGAGGAAGAGGCAGAGAGGGGACAGUUAUGCUCCUCACAUCUCAGAACCUCCUGUAGGUCACAAUGUUCACAUCUCAGAACCUCCUGUAGGUCACAAUGUUCUCAUCUCAGACCUUCCUGUAGAUCACAAUGUUCUCAUCUCAGACCCUCCUGUAGGUCACAAUGUUCUCAUCUCAGACCCUCCUGUAGGUCACAAUGUUCUCAUCUCAGACCUUCCUGUAGGUCACAAUGUUCACAUCUCAGAACCUCCUGUAGGUCACAAUGUUCACAUCUCAGACCCUCCUAUAGGUCACAAUGUUCACAUCUCAGACCCUCCUGUAGGUCACAAUGUUCUCAUCUCAGACCCUCCUGUAGGUCACAAUGUUCACAUCUCAGAACCUCCUGUAGGUCACAAUGUUCACAUCUCAGAACCUCCUGUAGAUCACAAUGUUCUCAUCUCAGACCUUCCUGUAGAUCACAAUGUUCUCAUCUCAGACCUUCCUGUAGGUCACAAUGUUCACAUCUCAGAACCUCCUGUAGGUCACAAUGUUCUCAUCUCAGACCUUCCUGUAGGUCACAAUGUUCUCAUCUCAGAACCUCCUGUAGGUCACAAUGUUCACAUCUCAGACCCUCCUGUAGGUCACAAUGUUCACAUGGCAGAACCUCCUGUGGAUAUACAGUCUGAUGACAGAUGUAAGAUGAACCUCCAGAAUCUAAUGAAUACGUAUGUAGAAUACCCUGUUGUUAAAGGUCCACUGGCCAGCUGUAGUGCCCCGAGUCAGCCAGCUGUAGAGCGCAGCAGUAAGCCAAUGGGAGGCUCUCUUCGGCUCCAGAUUCAGAACAAUGUUCCCAGCGUCAAAGAAGACAGUUCUUCCUCUCCGUCUCUACCUGGGCCUGUACAAGAUCCCCCAAAUCCCCCGGAAAUAAUCAGUAUUACUAAUGAAAACAAACACAUCACUAUUUGUCUCCAAAACUCUCCCAAUGUUUCUCUCCCGAUCAUGGUACAUAAUCUAGAAAUGAGCAACAAUGGAGAAGAUUGUAUAACAAGACAAACACUGACAGUAGCAGCUCAUGUCAGUCCACUAGGUGCGAGAGAGAUCACCCCUCCAUUCAUCACUCCACAGAGGUUUCAGAUACAGAAUACGGGCCCGGACAAGUCCUGUCAGCAUAGUUUCCAGAGCUAUCCCAACCAACAGAGGUGCCACAGCCCCCAGCCUCCCCAGGGUCAUACCCAGCACCAGAGGUGUUAUCCUGGGAUUAGGGUUAAUGACGAGAUGGGGAUCAGGGAGGGCCUGAGGCUAGGAGGCCUUAACAUUACAGGCAGCCUGUGUAGUCCCUAUCAUAGACCCGCUAGCCCUUUCCACAAUCACAGACCUCCGAGUUUCCAUCCGCAGCACCCGUCUGACGGCAUGGAGAAACACCACUGUGUCCUUCAAAUCCAGACCCAUAGACACAUCCUCCAUCACCAUCGGCAACACCAGGUGUUCCCAGGGAAGAUGAAGCCUGUCCUGCCUGGGUCUCCUGUCCCCAUGUCUCCCUCCUGUCCUCCCAUGCUCCACCCCGUCCACCUGUCUCCCGUGCCUAACGGGUCCAUCACCAUUCUCCACCACCAGCACCACCAUGCCUACCACCAUGCAGCCUUCCUGCCCCCUCAUCCCCAGCCCCCGCUCUUCCCCCAGGUCCUGCCGGUCCCAGUCAGCCGCCGGCCUAUGGGAGCGGAUGUGUGUCCCCCUGGACCUUCUCCCUUUCUUACCUCAACAUCGCAUCUCUCUGUUGUGGCCCCGCCCAGUUUACAUCACCACCCGAUGGCAGUGACGUUCCACGCCAUGCCCCGCCCAAACAUGUUCCCUCCCUCGAUGCUUCAGUCACACCCACAUCCCACCGUCAUCCCACUGCAGCCCAUGUUUUAAGACAUCACAUCCCCAGUGCAGCCCAUGUUUUAAGACAUCACAUCCCCACUUGCAGCCCAUGUUUUAAGACAUCACAUCCCCAGUGCAGCCCAUGUUUUAAGACAUCACAUCCCCACUUGCAGCCCAUGUUUUAAGACAUCACAUCCCCACUUGCAGCCCAUGUUUUAAGACAUCACAUCCCCAGUGCAGCCCAUGUUUUAAGACAUCACAUCCCCAGUGCAGCCCAUGUUUUAAGACAUUGUAUCCCCACUUGCAGCCCAUGUUUUAAGACAUCACAUCCCCAGUGCAGCCCAUGUUUUAAGACAUCACUUCCCCAGUGCAGCCCAUGUUUUAAGACAUUGUAUCCCCACUUGCAGCCCAUGUUUUAAGACAUUGUAUCCCCACUGCAGACUAUUCAAUCAUGUUUCCUUUUGUUGCUUCCAACAAAACAUGUAAUUUACUUCCAGCUCAUACUUUUUACCCCCAUGUAGUUAUGUAAUUAUCUUCCUGUAACAUCCUGUUGUAUCAGGGGCAAGGCUUCUGUAGUAUUCAGAGUGAUACGUGCUUUUCAUGAAGACUACACUAGACAGAAAUAUUUCCUUUGGAGAGACAAUCAAGCAUAACUAAAGCAUUAAGACGUGUGUGUGUGUGUGUGUGUGUGUGCACAUUUAACAAAAACUAAAACAGUGUGAUGUAGAAACUGUCCCAGGUAGAGUCAUUAUUAAAGUCUGUGGUAUUUCUAUAGUCUGUUGUUUUUAUUUUAUUUUGCCAGUCAAGUGCUUCAAUAGUCUACCUUUGGGCAUUUUAAUGCAAUUCUAGUUCAAUUAAACAUGAACACACACACACACACACACACACAAUAAAGUGUUGUAUCUGGUGUAAUAGCACGUGUCGAUGACGUUCACUCCACGUUCAUUUGCUUUCCUAAAUGAUGACAAUUCAUUCAUGUAACAUUUACCCCUGAGUUGAUCCAGAUCCUACAGUAUAAAGUUUGUCCUAAAAUAUGUUUUUUUUUUGUUUUGUUGUUGUAAAGAUUAACCCAUCUGACUCUAAAAUUAAUUUAGACCACUCUAUUUGUAUUUAUUCAUUUAUUUAUUUAUUAAUUCUAUUUUACAGCCAUCCCUCCUUAGUUUAAUUAAUUUAGACCACUCUAUUUGUAUUUAUUCAUUUAUUUAUUUAUUAAUUCUAUUUUACAGCCAUCCCUCCUUAGUUUAAUUAAUUUAGACCACUCUAUUUGUAUUUAUUCAUUUAUUUAUUUAUUAAUUCUAUUUUACAGCCAUCCCUCCUUAGUUUAAUUAAUUUAGACCACUCUAUUUGUAUUUAUUCAUUUAUUUAUUUAUUAAUUCUAUUUUACAGCCAUCCCUCCUUAGUUUCUGAACAAGAAACACAACUAAUAUUCUGAUGGUUCUGGUUCUGAUGACUUCGAUGUUACACGUCUUCAUAUUUGACAUAAAUGUUGACCCCUUUCUGAUUCAGAAGUAGGAUAGCAAAGACAAAAUGGGUUAAAAUGUCUAAUCAACUCGUUUUCUUUUGUAUAAAACAUGACCUAAGUGUCUUUAUAAUCACAUAUAAUAAUAAAAAUGUUUUUAAAAAAACACAGAUUUGACAUGUAAACCUGGUUACCGUGUGGUUUCAAGCCUCUCCAUAGGUCUUCGUGUAGCUGUAAUACAGUAGAUAUAUAUACACUCCCCUACAUAUUUAUUUGGACUGUGAAGCUAAAACAAAUGUAAUGUGGCUCUGUACCGCAGCAUUUUGGAUUUGAGAUUAAAAAAAAAAAAAAAAAAAUGAAAUGUUUAUAUGAGGCGUACAGAAUGUCACCUUUAAUUUGAAGGUGUGUUGAUACUGUUUAGAAAGGCGUCCGUUUUAAUGGCCUGUAUCUAGUUCCUCCAUUUAAAAGUAUUUGGACAAAUUCCCUUAAAGUGUAUUACAUUUUUUUUUGUCAAAGGAAUGAAUGGUCAACAAUGUAUUGUGUCAUUUUGGAGUGACUUUUAUUGUAAAUGAGAGUAGAAUAUGUUUCCCGAACACCACUACAUUAAUAAUAUGUGUGCUAUCCUUGAUUAUGUAUGAAUCAUGAAUUAUUCAUGAGCGAAUCAUGAAUUAUUCAUGAGUGAUACAUUAAAUUAUUCAUGAAUAAUGAUCAUGACAAAAAUGACAAAAAUCAUAACCCCCUGAACAUGUCUCACUCAUCAUUAUUCACGAUGAUCUGUUUUAUAUUUUAUUUGACCUUUAUUUAACAAGGCAGGUCUGUCUAAGAACAAAUUCUUAUUUACAAUGACGGCCUACGCAGGCCAGAUCUGGACGACGCUGGGUCAAUUGUGCGCCGCCCUAUGGGACUCCCAAUCACGGCCGGUUGUGAUACUACAGCCCGGAAUCGAACCAGGGUGUCUGUAGUGACGCCUCAAGCACUGAGAUGCAGUGCCUUUCGACCGACGAACCACUCUGGAGCACAAAAAUCACAGCAGCAUCCACAUCUAUUGGUAAAUAGCCCACCCAUUUUCACCUACCUCAUUCCCAUACUGUUUUUAUACUGUUUUUUAUUUAUUUACUUUUCUGCUCUUUAGCACACCAAUAUCUCUACCUGUACAUGACCAUCUGAUCAUUUAUCACUCCAGUGUUAAUCUGCAAAAUUGUAUUAUUCGCCUACCUCCUCAUGCCUUUUGCACACAUUGUAUAUAGACUGCCCAUUUUUUCUACUGUGUUAUUGACUCGUUAAUUGUUUACUCCAUGUGUAACUCUGUGUUGUCUGUUCACACUGCUAUGCUUUAUCUUGGCCAGGUCGCAGUUGCAAAUGAGAACUUGUUCUCAACUAGCCUACCUGGUUAAAUAAAGGUGUUCUCAACUAGCCUACCUGGUUAAAUAAAGGUGUUCUCAACUAGCCUACUUGGUUAAAUAAAGGUGAAAUAAAGUAAAAUAAAAAAAUAAAAUGUCGACAUUUUCAGAAACAUGUUAUAUUCUUUCAAGAAACAAAAAUAAAGUGAACGAAAUGACACGAUGCCAUUAUUUACCAUUCAUUUCAAUCACGGCCUCGACAUAAUCUGAAAACGCCACCCAAAACAAACAUCAAAUGCACAUAAACAAGUUUAGUAGAGACACAAGCUCGAUGUAAUUAAAUGAAUUAAAAGAAAUCGCUUCACUGUCCAGAUAAAUACGUAAGGGAGCGUAGCUGUUGCCGGGAUUUAAAAAAAAACUGUCCUACCAUUCUGUAAUAUAAUUAAUUCCACUUGCUCUGAGAAAAAGAAGACAUGUUGUAAAUUAGACAUAUUUAUAUUGUAAAAUACACUUCUGUUUUUAUAGCACCCUGAUGAAUUAUUAUCAGCAUUCAACUAUGUUUUUACUAAAAUUGUGUCAACAGAUAAAUAAAUAAAUUAAGCAGAUAUAUUCCUA